AUGCCCCCCCCCCAAGCCGCGCCACCCCCCGCCUCACCAACCACCCCACCACCGGCCGUAGCGCAAUGUCCGCGCCCCCGCCCACCCAGCCACAAUACGCCGCCACCCGCUCACGACGACUGCAGCACCGCCACGUCCCAGGCCACCGGCGCCCCCAAGCAUCCCCCCACCCGCCCAAGUAGCACCACGCCAACCCACUCGGAUCACCCUGCCCCCUCCGUUCAACCACCGUUCCCGGAUCCACCACGACACCGAAUCGCACCCCGAGCCACCCUCUCAGAGUCGCACGAUGCCCGCCUCUGCCCUGCUCCUACCCAACACCCCACGGACCCGCGGCGAGGCCCCCUCCCCCCCGGCCCCCCCACGGGUACGCCCAAAUCCCUCCACCCCAUGCCCCCUACCCCCCCCACCCCCGGCGGGGCCGCAGCCCGCGCCGCAUUUGUCGUACCCAAAACCAGGAUCCACCCGACCCCCCUCCUGAUCCCCUCAUGGCAAGUGCGCCCCCAGCGGCACACCCCAAGACACGCCCCAACAGGAACACCGUGCGCCCGUCGACAGCCCCGCCAGCCUCCCCGUACCACCUCCCGCCCAGCCGCGGGCGCCACGCCUGAGCGCACCUUGCGCUCCCACGCUUCCCCCCCUCCUGCUCCUCGCCGGGCCGCCUGCCCCUCCUUGCGCCGGAGGAGCCACACCCUACGCAACGCCAGCCCCGGCCAGCUGCCCAGUGGCCGCGAUGCCCCCUGCGCCCUCAGGCACACCGCGCUCCAGUCCGCGCCGCAGGCCGAACGCCGGGAACCAUCCGCGCACAGCGCGUACCCAGAAGGCCGGCCAGGCCGCACACUACGUGCCGUGCCUCGCAGGUCACGACCCCCUCCCCCCGCAUCGGAUAAGCCCUCCACCCCGCUCCGCGUCCCGACCUCCACAGACGGUCGCCCCACCCCCUGA